GUGAGAGGUCGACCAGAACCCCUGCCCACCUCUCAGCUGCUCAACGGUUUUCAAGAAGUGCAACAUUAAAGGCUGCCUCUGCUGAGCCACACGAUGCAGAAGAUUCUCCACUCAGCUGAUACAGCUGCUGAGCAGCAUAUGGGUGAGGCUGGGUUGUCGAAAAACUUUGAAGCACUCAGAUGCCAUGAGCAGCUGGAUACCAAGGACAGCCAGUACUCUGAAGACCCCAGAGAGUACUGUUACGGUGGGUACCACCCUGUUCAGAUAGGCGACACCUUCAACAGAAGAUACCAGGUGGUUUCUAAGCUCGGCUGGGGCUAUUUCUCCACUGUCUGGCUGUGUCUGGACCUCAGGUGGGCUGUGCUUGAUGAAGAAUUGUUGAAUCAAAAUGUUUUAAAUGACCACAUUCAGACACUUUCUUUGUUGUUAUAA